CCAUUUAUUUAUUUAUUUAUUUAUUUACUUCCAACACCAGAAGACGCGAUUCUUACUUUGCAUUGUCUCUCUCUCUUUCUCAUCGUCUUCGUAUCUCCCAUUUCGCGACGAUCGAUGGCUUCUCGACCCCCAAACCCUAGAACUCGGAGACGGAAAUGGCAGGAGGAACCCCUCGUUUCCAAGGAAGAAAGCAAUGAUGACUUGUACACGCCUUCUUCCUCCGAUUCCGAGUACAGCAUUGACGAAGAAGAAGCGGAGUCCGAUGAGAGCGAGGAGGGGGCGGUUCGAGAAACGCCGCCUGAAAACUCCCCUGCGCCGCCGCCCGAUAAACCCCCUCGGCCAGCGAGCUCUGGGCGUAAGAAGGAAAGGGAAUUUCCUUUGCUGUGGGAAAAGUGGGAGAAGGAGAACGAUAUUUGGAUCGCUAAUAAGUUGAAUUCGGGAGAUGAAGUAUCUGCUUUUGAGGGAAAUGGAACGUCCGAGAUAGUCGAUCCUUCACCUGACAUCAAACUCCCGCUCAUGAGGUUCCAGAAGGAGGGGCUUGCUUGGGCUCUCAAGCAGGAGUGUUCUGUUUUUAGAGGGGGGAUUCUUGCUGAUGAAAUGGGAAUGGGGAAGACUAUUCAAGCCAUUUCCCUUGUCCUUACGGCUCGCUCCCUUGGUUCACAACACGCUUGGUCUGGCCUUGACUUGAACGUCCCUUGUUCAUCCUCUGUUUUGCCGGACACCAAAUGCACCCUUGUUAUUUGUCCAGUAGUUGCAGUUAUUCAGUGGGUGGGCGAGAUUAAUAAGCACACGGAAAAGGGGUCUGUUAAGGUUUUAGUCUAUCAUGGUGCUAAUAGGGAUAAAACAAAGUAUGAGUUCGAUGAUUAUGAUUUUGUGAUCACUACAUACUCAACAAUUGAGAGUGAAUUUAGGAAGUAUUUGAUGCCUCCAAAGGAGAUGUGCAAAUAUUGCCGUAAGAGGUUCUACCCUAAGAAGAUGAGGACACACUUGAAGUAUUUUUGUGGACCUUAUGCCCGUAAGACAGAAAAGCAAGCUAGACAAGUGAGUAGAAAAAAAGAUGGAAAGCUAAAGGGAAAGAAAAAGACAGUCUAUGAGACCAAGAAGCAUGAUGCGUCAGAAAAAAAGGUUCAGAGUUCAGACAAAAAAAUUUUGGGCUCAUCCCCAGGAAAUUCAAUCUUGCAUUCUGUGAAAUGGCAACGAAUUAUUCUUGAUGAGGCUCAUUUCAUAAAGGACAGGCACUGUAAUACUGCUAAGGCUGUUUUUGCUCUAGAAUCUUUUUACAAGUGGGCCCUAAGUGGCACACCAUUGCAGAAUAGAGUUGGAGAACUUUACUCAUUGGUUCGCUUUUUGCAAAUCUGGCCGUACUCACUUUACUUCUGCAAAGAUUGUGAUUGCAAGAUACUAGAUUAUGGUUCUAGUAGGGAUUGCGUUGAUUGUCCUCAUUCUAGAGUAAGGCACUUUUGCUGGUGGAACAGGUUUAUCGCAAAUCCAAUUCAAUCAGAACAAAGGAACAAUUUUAAAGCAAUGCUUUCACCUGGCAAGAGGGCCAUGGCCUUGUUAAGAGAAAGAAUUUUGAAAAGCAUAGUGUUAAGGCGUACCAAGGAAAGCAGAGCUUCGGAUCUUGCUCUUCCACCUAGAAUUGUUUAUUUGAGGCGGGAUUCUCUAGAUACAAAAGAGCAGGAAUUCUAUGAAGCACUAUAUACCCAAAGUCGUUUACAGUUUGAUGCAUAUGCUGAUGCUGGAACUUUACUGAACAAUUAUGCCCAUAUAUUUGAUCUUCUUACACGCUUACGACAGGCAGUUGACCAUCCAUAUCUUGUAUUAUAUUCUAAGACAUUGGAAGUAGCUAACCCAAGUAAGGAUGGCAUCAUGAAACAAAAUUGUGGCAUUUGUCAUCAGCCUCUGGAGGAUAUGGUGGUCACUUCCUGUGAGCAUGUCUUUUGUAAAGUUUGUUUGAUCGAUUACUCAGCAUCCUUGGAGAAUGUGAAGUGCCCAUUAUGUUCAAAGCCUCUUACUGUUGAUCUAACAACUAAAAAUCCGGGGGAGCAAAUUCCUCCAGCAGCUAUCAAGGGCUAUAAAUCAGGGAUACUGAGCAGGCUUAAGGAUAUUGGAACCUUCUGCACAAGCACAAAAAUAGAUGCAUUGAAAGAAGAGAUAAGGGACAUGGUGGAAUUGGAUGGUUCUGCUAAAGGAAUUGUGUUUAGUCAGUAUACAUCAUUUCUUGACCUGAUUCGUUUCUCCCUUGAGAAGUCUGGUGUUAAGUGUGUUCAAUUAGUUGGAAGCAUGAGUCUUGUCGAGAGGGAUAGAGCAAUUACAAGUUUCACUAAUGAUUCAGAUUGCAAGAUAUUCUUGAUGAGCUUGAAAGCUGGAGGUGUAGCCCUCAACCUGACAGUGGCUUCACAUGUUUUCCUGAUGGACCCUUGGUGGAAUCCAGCCGUCGAAUGCCAAGCUCAAGAUCGAAUCCACAGGAUUGGCCAGUAUAAGCCUAUUAGAAUUGUUCGCUUUGUUAUUGAGAACACAAUUGAGGAACGCAUACUGCGUCUGCAAGAGAAGAAGGAACUUAUGUUUCAAGGGACUAUUGGACACAAUCCGGAUGCCAUAGCAAAAUUAACUGAAGAGGACCUACGCUUUUUGUUCCAGGUCUAACUUUCGUUUUUCAUGGACCUAAAAUGGAAAAUGCUGGAUAUUUAAAUCUUUUUGUCGAACCCACUGCCUCAAUAAUCUCAGGCCAUAAUUUUUGAUAAUCAAUAUGUAAAUGUCAAAGUACAGUAGUGAUGUUGAAGUUCUCAGACCAUAAUUUUUGAUAAUCAAUAUGUAAAUGUCAAAGUACAGUAGUGAUGUUAAGUUCAUA